AUGACUAGAAACAUUUUCGCUGUUAUAAACUCUGAUAUGAAUUGGAACUCAAUGGUUUCUUUCACGCCCGGAUGUGUGGAUGAAUUAAAUUUUUGGAAGGUCAAUCUCGUUUAUAUUAACGGCGUGCCUUUGUGGCCUAUCAAGCGUAAGCCCUCGAGGACUGUUUACUCCGAUGCCUCUAUUUCAGCCUGCGGUAGCUUCAUUACUCUUGAUGGUAAAGUUUUUCACCAAAAUUGGUCCGACUUCGAGAGAUCCCAGAGUUCUACGUUUCGUGAGCUCCUAGCUGUCUUGUUGUCUUUGCAAGCCUUCAUUGAUUCCCUCCGUGCCCAGACUGUUGUUUGGUACCCAGAUAACCAGAAUGUUGCACGUAUUGUGAACAUUGGUUCAAAGGUUCCAGCUUUGCAGCGGAUGGCUCUGGAUAUCCAUCGCCCUUGUCUUCUUGCCGAUGUCAGUAUUGAUAUGCAAUGGAUCCCUAGGGACCUCAACAUCAUUGCCGACGACAUAAGAAGUUCUUUGAUCUCGACGAUUACUCGAUCAAUGACGGAGUUUUCUAUUCUCUAGACGAGCUUUGGGGUCCUCACACCUGUGACAGAUUUGCUUGCCAUUAUACAACGCCAAGCUUCCAAAAUUCAACACCAGAUUCUAUCAGCCAGGCACCUCUGGUGUCAAUGCCUUUGCACAAGAUUGGUCCAAUGAUAACAACUGGCUCUGCCCGACCGUUUGUCUAACUUGUAAAGUUCUCAGCCACUUGAAGGUUUGCAAUGCCGCUGGUACUCUUGUGGUUCCUCUUUGGAGAUCUGCGUAUUUUUGGCCUCGUUUAUGUUUCUACGGUUUGUAUUGGAGUGGUUUCGUCCAUGACUGGGUCAUACUUCCUGAUCUUCCAAAUUUGUUUGUGAGAGGCAAAGCCAAGAAUUCAAUCUUCGGGCGCGGUUCUCUUCCAUUCCCUUCGGUGGCUCUGCGUAUUGAUUUCAGUACUGCACCAAGGCAAGGUUCUGGGCUCGUAUGCGAAGUCUUCCGAGUUCCCGAUUUAUAGUACGCGUUGCUGCUUUACUGUUGUUACUUGCAACUGGCUGUUGCAGAGUUUUGCUUUGAUAGAUUGGGCUAGAUGCCCUAUUGCCCCUGGUGGUUUUUGUGCUUUAGUACGUGUUGCUGCUUUAAUAUAUAGAUUUAGCCAGGGCUAAAAGCGAAGCUCCCGUUAAUAAAUUCAUAAUUUAAAUCAAACAAUAAACUUGUAAUCCACAGAUAGGGCACAUUCAUGUGACUUUUGAGGCAAAUUAAGGCUAAGUGAUUUUAGAGAAAAAUAAUUUGACAGUCCAAGAGUGAAACAAAUUUUACAUCGCGUUAAUAGUCUUAUUUGUACACCCAAAAAUAGCAAUCAUGUUCGAUCACAGUAGAUUAGGCCUGGAAAACAAAUAGACCUAUUCGUGUAUUGUAUUUGCAUUAGCUGUUGCAUCAUAAUGUCGCAUUCACCAGUCUCUCCAACAAUGUUCCGUUAGAGAGACUAUGGAUAAUUGGACAACCCCGAAAUAUAAUUUUAAGAACCACACGAGCCACGAUAGUCCUUGGUGGCAGCCAAUUGACACGUUGCAUUCAUCUGUCUAAAAGGGAGGCCAAAAUAAAAAAUCAGGCCGGAUUUUUUGUGUUCGACAAGUUUAGUUUACAAGUAAAUCUGGUGGCGUGUAAGCCAGCCUUUUAAACAUACUUUUUCUCAACACGUCUCCGGUAAACAGUACUAUGAGGCCCUUUUUUAUCAUACAGACCUUGACAGAAUUUGUUCUUUUUUGCCCUAUCAUUCUGCAGUUUUUCACAAUUUUGUAAGACAAUUUGCACUCAUUCAAUAUCCACGACGUCAAAGCAAGCGCUUCCUUUGCAAAACAAAUUAUAGCAUUGAAUUAUCAAACGUUUUCAUGAAAAGAAUUCCAUAAUGCGGGACUUUUCCGUUAGAAAAAUCUGGUCCUAUGUGAUAUGCAGGGUAAUAAUUAUGGGCUUUUUGCAUGAAAACGAUAAAAAAAAAUUCCCAAAAUCACCUUUUCGGCCAGCCGGACGGGUUCUCCCUUUUGACAGGCAAAUUUGCAGUGCGAUUAAUAGAGUUACCAUUUACGCUUCAACACGACAGGGAAAUUGUUAUGUUUAGGUUUUAUUUCCCUUUAUUUAUUAACCUGUGUAUGUGGUUUUGUUAUGUGUAAUCUUUAAAAGCGAGUGAUAUUUACGCGCGGCGUUUUGAGUAUUCCUGUAUGCGAUGUUUAUGUUCGACUGCAAACAACCGGUGCAGCGAUAAAAAUUGCGGGAGGGACUACUAACAAUCAAUAAAAUAAAUAUAAUUCGGUGAAACAUGUACAGAGACAAUAAUUUUCAUUCACGAAGAGAAGUAUUGAGAGUAAAGUGUCUCUGAAAAUCAUGAGUCAGGUAAGCAUAAACUUGUUUAUUUUAUGUUUUAAGCCGGCUUCCCGGUGUUUGCUCUUUUUCAAGAUGAACUCGAGGCAAGAAAAUCGCUCAGAGCUUUCUGUUUAUAGCCAAAAUCAUAACUAAAUAAUCUUUGGAACCUUUUCUUUGAAUUUGCGGUCAAAAAAUGUCUAAAGGUUUUUUAAACCUGAUACUAUUGUUGGUUAGAUCAUCGCUCGUGUAUAAACUUAAGCCGCAUAAACCAUACGCUCGACUUCAGGAAACCGAAAAAAAAAACACAUCAAAGACAAUAAUUGCUCAGGCUUACCAGUCGAGAUGCUGCUUCUGAAGGUCAUCAAGUGUUCCAGAAUCGCUGGAGACUUUUCAACCCUCUUACGCCUCAAGCAAGGACGAGUGAGGAAGCUCAUUCUUGAAAACGAUGCCAUCCGAAAUCGGAUUUCCAAUGACUUUCACAACCGGUGCAUUUGUCAACAUAAAGCGCAAUAAACAAACCAGCCAUGAAUUACAGAACAAUCUUGCUAGCAGCUGUAUUUCAUUUUGUACACCAAGUAGAAAACGACAGUUUAAAACAUCACAAGAUGACACAAAACUCUGUCAGCUCCAGCUAUCAGUAAGCAAGUUUCCAGACGCUGCAUAAAUUUUCCGCAUGAACUCACCUGUCAAAUUUUGACCAAUCAGAACAUAAAAGUUGGACGUAGAGCGUGAUCAACGCGUGACAGUGAGAAAAGUCAAGAGCGAUUGCCUAACCUGCAUGUAAAAGCGGGUUGAAUUUUCGCGUCCGAAGUCAGUUCGAAAUCAAAAUUUUAAAACGGACUCAUAAACACGACUUAUUUCAUAUGCAUUUUAAAAAAAUUGAACUAGAGCCUGCGAUCAUGUGAAAAGUAGCAACUUGUCAGCGGAUACCUUAAAAAAAUACUCAAACUCAGUGGGUCGAUACCUGAGUCCGCAAUACGGUCAGGCGAUACUGGUCAGCAGAAACACUAUUUUGACAGCUGUCAAUUAAUCAAAACAUGGAUGUACAAUAUCAGGUUGCAGGCUCUCAAAUUAGCUAGAAAGUGUGAGGUUAAACAUUGGUAUGACUGUGGCGCGGAGGGUCGGGUGGUCGGUGUAAGGUCACGUAAUUGCCGAAUUUUGUAGGAUGGAUAUAUUUUCUAACCUCUGGGGCUUCGAAUUGAACACGUGAUCAAAUAAAAUAUCAGCGCAAAACUUUAAACACUACGUGAACUCAAUGGAUAGAAAAAUGAGCCCGCGAUACACUCAGGUGAUGAUGGUCAGCGUAUACUCUAGUUUGACAGCUGUCAAUUAACCUUAAUUAGAUUGGCGAAUAUUCGAAUUAACAGACUACGAGUGUGAGUAAGGCAUAUCCGUCCGGCUUGUAGUAGAAAAUAGGGAGCUUAAGCAACAACGUUUUUGAGCGACGCACGUCAACCGGAAGUGGCUUUUUUUCAUUUUUUGACGGUGGUUUCGUGCAAAUUUUCAGUCAAAUCGCCUCUAUAACAGUAAAGAAGCUAAGGAAUACAAAUUUUAUAUCAUCAAGGCAUGUUAAGAGGGAAAAUACCUCACUUCCGGUUGACGUGCGUCGCUCAAAAACGUCGCUGCUUAAGCUCCCUAAUGCCAGAUCGUGUACCUCAGCGAACCUGAGCCCACGUUAUUAGUUUUCUGAUACUGGUCUGCACAUGUCCUGUUUUGACAGCUGUCAAUUGACCUUAAUUUGGCUUCCCAAUAUAACUUUAAACGACUGUCAGCCAACUGACAGCCUUGCCCGGCGUAGUUUCGUUUUUAUGUUGAAUUGGCAAGUGUGACAUAUUAUAACAGCUUAUAUGUAGGGGCAAAACGACUGGUCUGUCAUCUGAGCCCGCGACAUAGUCAUGUGAUAAUUGUCAGCGGAUGUCUGAUUUUGACAGCUGUCAAUCUAAUCGUACUCAUACGGAUGGCUUACAUAACUGAAAGGCUAGUCAAGUUGUGCAAGAUCUAUUGUGACAUUUGACAUCGGCUUAAAUGAAGUGUGUGUACGGGUGGGCGUACGCUACGUCAUAACCAAAUUUUCUGGGAUGGAUAGUUUACCAAAUUUUCUUACCCAUGGUGCUCCGCUGCGCGCGCGCUUCGCGCACGCGGGAGCUCCGCUAUGAUUCUUACUUGCGACUGGAUGUUGCGAACAGAGCCUUGGCUAGAUGCCUUAUUACCCGUGAUGGAUUUUUUGUUAUUAUUGUUACUUAGAUACGUAGUUACUAAAACAUGGAACGACCUAAAACCACCUAAAACCAUCUACAACCACCUAAGACCACCUCAAAAAAUUCAACAACCACCUACAACCAUCUACAACCACCUCAAAAACAUCUACAACCACUCGCAAACAAUCUAAAACCAUCUAAAACAAGGUAUAAAUGUCUGAAAUAAGGCGAGACGACAACAAGUCACGUACAUGAAAUACGAGAAUCGAACAAAACAUCCACUUCCCCCUAAAAUCUUACUCUCCCUGGUCCCUUGUAUCAUCAACCAUUAAGCUUAACACAAAACUUCCACCGCACUGUCCUCUUAUGUUGAGAGGGCUGGGAUAUAAGUUUGAUUUUAUUUCCUCUCUCUUCUGAAACUCAUCG